UAAUAUAGCAGAUAUUAUAAACGUGUUAUUAAACACAAAGCCGAUUUGGCAAGAGUGUGUUUCGUCUCGGGUGUCCUGCAUUUGCUUCGCAGUGCUGUGCAAUUUGUGAUUUAGGAAAAAAGUCUAAAAGAUGUGUAUUUUUGAUGUAUUUUGCUACUUAUUGUUAAAAUGAGUUUAAAAGUCCAGCUUAGAGUGCGACAGCUUUUGUUGGUGUGAACUGCGAUAUUACGUCGGAUUGAAUACAUUAUACGUACUUAUUGGUAUUCUAAAUAUAAACGUCGUAAAAGUUAAAAUCCGUAAUCAUCGCUAGAAAAUUUGCAUAAAAUCUGCGACAACAGCAGCCCACUAAAUAAUGAGCACAAUUGUGCAGUGAGUGAUAAGAAAAACCCCGUUUGAUUUAGUUUUGUGCGAACUAGAAAUUGAGUCUUGGUUUAUAUUGCAACUAUGAAUUUUAUUUGAGUUCUAAUCCAUACGGGUAUGAUAAUCUAAAAUUUUUGCAAGAACCAAUUUGGUGGAGUAUCUAGUGUAAUCAAAAAAUAAAAAUAUUCUAAUCACGUAAUCAGAAGAAUGGAGAGACGCAGUUUCUGCUGCAUCCAACUGCUGGUUAGCGGUUUGCUAUCGCUGCAAAUACUUACCGGUGCUGCAGUUUCAGCAUACCAAUAUACAAUCGAUCUAAAAACAUCUGGUUCCGUAGUACUAGGAGGAACAGUUGAAUUUCAUGCCACAUUACUAACGGAUGGAAAACCACUAGCAGACCAGUAUGAGGUCCUUUGGUCAGAUAAUAUGAAUCCACCCCAUACGGCGUCAGGUGAAAGCAAACAACCGUAUUUUAACUGGACUAUCAGCUACGGCAAUAAUGUACCAGCAGGAACCUACAGUACUCAGGUUAUUAUUCGAAAAUACUACUAUGUUACUUACUUGGAAGUGAAACGUGAAUCGGUUGGAUUUAACUUGACCGGACUACUAAAUGGACAAAUGCAGUUAGUUCAGAAUCAAUCUGUCGUUGAUUCGGAUUACGUAUCUAGUGCCUUGGCAUUGAAUCAGACAAUCAUUUUCACUGAGAGCGAUUCAAGGGUGUUGGAAAAAGCAGCCUACAUUAGAACAUAUUGGUUCGUUAAUUGUCAGUAUUUGGGUACAUCGGAUGAAUUAAACAGGUUAAGUAAUUUUACAAAAGAAAAUGAUGAAUAUACUAUCGAAGCGUUAGUGGUAGCAUCGUUUGAAAAGUUGCCUGAACCGACUACUACUACUACUACUACGACAACUACUACUACCACAACAACAACCACCACUACAACUACAACUACUACUCCUGCUACUACUACAACAACCACUCCUGUUACUACCAGCACUACCAGUACUACAACACAUGCACCUUCCAAUGAUUCUACAACAGUGUCAUAUACUACUUCCGGACUAGCAGUAAGCUCGGUCAAACCCACAGUGGCAUCAAAAGUUGAUUCUAGUCGGCGUCGGCGAGAGGUACUCCCAUCUGUCAAUGAAACACUUGCUAGUGUUAGUCCCAUAUUACUCGGAAUGGCCGAUACGCGAAACAUAUUGAAUGGAGAAAAAAUUCCCGUCCACUUGCUGGAGUCAGGCGACGACGACACACCAAGCCGUAUUAUCAAAAAAGCAGAUCCCACGUUCAACAUUGAUGAUUCCCGGCAGCCGUUUGUGUGCGGUAACAGUUCGAGAAUUCCUCCUGAUCCGAAAAAAACCUACGGACACUUCGUUCGGACGAUAGUUGUACAAAAUCCAAUUGUGAAGUUCAACGUGACCGGACCCCAGUGGGUUAAAAGGGGAGAUAUGGUUGACCUACUGUUCCAAUGUUCCGGAUCACCUCCCUUCCAGUUUUGCUUCAAUGUCCAUAGCGGUCAGCAUAACGUUACGAAGAAUGAAACUUGCCACGGAACUUGGGUUAGCAACCAGGAACGUUGCAAGUUUAGCUUUGGGCGGUACUUUUUCAGUGAUGAACAGCGUUCACUGGUAGUUUUUUUGAAAAAUCACGUGUCCGAAAGAAUUACUCAAGUGGGAUUGCAGUUCUAUGAAAAUCAACCAAAAUCCCAGCUGUCGGUAAUUGUGGUUCCGAUUGGAUUCUGCCUUCUUGCCGUGAUAUUAGUGGUAUUCGGUGUUGCCUACUACAUUCAGAAUCGGGAAAGAUUUAUCGUUGAAGUAGCCGAUUUUAACUUCGGUGAUACUAGUUCACUGGAUGACGACAUGGAGUAUAAAACAUUCCAGCAGCGACUGAUCGACAGUUUGCGGGAGUCUAUGAGGUUCCCCCGGUUUCGGUCGGGCUCUAGUAACGCUAGCGAAGACGGAGACGACAUGUCACCGUCGGCAGUGGGCGAAAGUUCGCUCCGAUACGGUUCGAUGACCUAAAAAAUGCUAUACGUUUGCACGAUAGGAUCUGCUUUGAUAUAAUUUUCAUGGUCGGAAUAGUGUUUUCCGGAAGCUGCAGAAAUAGUGCGUAAAAUACGUUUCGAUUAAGUACGCACUUCUAUCCGCCCAACAUAUAAUGCAGUGAGAAACUGAUUGGCUUUGAUGCAGUAUAAAAAUACUUGUAUUACAAUUGUAUUUCAUCACAUUUAUUACAGUUAGCAAUCACGUGAAAUAUACGUGAAUAGCCAGCAUUCGGAUUUAGUCUAUUUUGUUUAUGAACUAAAAUUUAGUAACCAAGAGCAACCAGUAAACAAAAUUAGAUUGAAAUUAUAUUUUGGGAAUGAUUCGCUGCUUGCUUAAGUCUAAAUACCAAAUGCCUGUACAAUUUCUUAUGGCAGAUUGGAGUAAAUGUCUGCUAUAUUGCAGCACAAAAAUUUAGCAACUGAAAUUGUAAAUUGCUGAACAUCUAGCAUUUUACUUUUUGUCCGUGAUGAUUCGCAAUUCCAAGACGCGUUCAAAAAUGCUAUCCUGCCAUCCCGAAAAACAGCAUUAAGAUUAGAAUGAAAAAUAUUGGGCAGUUGGGAUGUCUUGGUUGUUGAUUGGUAAUAAUUUCACCGAUGAUAAUAAAUACAAGUUACAGUAGUGAUAUCGCAACAAACCAUCAGUUGAAUCUCACAGUCAAAAUUUUCCAAUUGUUAAAACUAUCUGCGAGCACACAAUUCUACAGAGAAGAAAAACCUUAAGACUGCAUGAAAAAAAAGUCAAAAUUUAGUAAUAGAUUACGUUUGAGGUAAAAUUAGAAAUAUACGAAAAUUUGAAAUCUGAUAUUCCGUUUGCCCAUGAAAUUUUUGGGCAAUAAAAUAUAAUUUACUCAAAUAACCAUUACUGCAAAUUUAUUGCUUUGUGAAUGUAUUAUUUCAAAAUAACGAAAUAUAUUAUUUUUUAUAUUAUUUUCAUGUGAUAUCCUGAACUGUUUUUAUUACUGCAUUUUGUUAGGUCGAUUGGCAAUCGAAUUCGAAUAAUGCUUUCAGAGGAAAUAAUAACUUACCUAAAUAAGCACAGAGGUUUUUAACAUUGUAUAUACCUAUAACUAUUAUAGAAUCGAUCAAUUAUAACUGUAUCGUAAAGUAAGAUAUGGUGUUAGGAGUAUCCGAAUAAAUAAAAUAGAACAUAAA